AUGCUUGGUUUCUUGGAAGAUGAAAUUGCUUGUUUUAUUGCAUUUAUUCGUAUUCUUUCAUGUAUUGCUCAAACUCUUCUUUCGGCAUCUUUACAAAAAUAUUUCGGUGCAAAAGAAACUAUAAUGGUUGGAUUGGUUAUGCGGGUUUCUGGUGGUUUAGCAGUCCUAUCAUCCGUAAUGUAUCCAUCUAUUAGUGCAUUUGUUUCUGUUUAUGCAAAACACAAUCAACAAGGUCUUGUUCAAGGUAUGGUUAAUGGUGUACAUGGUUUAUGUAAUGGUCUUGGUCCAGCUUUGUUUGGAUUUACAUUUUAUUUAUUUAAUAGUAUUAAUGUCAAACCAAUAUGUUCAUCAAUUUUAAGUCGUGAUAUUCCUGGUCCACCGUCUCUUUUUGGUGCUCUUCUUGCUACAAUUGGAUUAAUGUUUUCACUUCUAUUACCAAAGUCAAAAUCUGAAUUAAAUGGAACGGGAAAUGAAUCGAGAAAUAUUGAACAAAAUGCACGUUUAUUACGUGUCAAUCAUGAAUCAGAUGACAAUAAUAUUCAAUCGGAUUAA